UGCCAGUGGGUUCAUCCUCAUUAUGUUGCAGCAGGUCGACCGCAGUGGUAACGUGAUCGUUCGCUUUCGAUUUGGUAUCUUGAGACGGUUAAUUUAGGAGACAAGUUUCUACCAAGUGAUUCAUAUUUUCCAGAGUGAAAUAAAUUGAUUGGCAAUUGAAUCGUAACAGGAAGUGAGAUUUUAAGGAUUGAAAGAAUUUGAUUUCAAGGGUCAAAAUGGUGCUGGAUAUCGCGUUGGAGAGAUACGAUAAUACGACCCCAUUUGGGUUCAAACUGAUUGGAGGAGCUGAUUUUGAUGUUCCACUGCAGGUUGUCAAAAUUAUACCCGGAAGCAUUGCCGAGGAGGUCGGGAUGUAUCUCGGAGACGUGGUGGUCCGUAUCAAUGACAUCCCGACCGGUAACAUGUCAUACUACGAUGCACAUCAGCUGAUGGCUUGCGCUGGUAAUCGAUUUGUGCUUGGAAUUUUAAGAGCACGUGAAAUUCCACCUCAACAACGGGCAAUUGUCAAGGAGAAGACUCCAAGUGGUGAACCGGAUUUCAACAGCAUGCCAAAGCCGUUCUGGUCCCCCGUUGCCUUCAGUGGGGCUUCACAAACUAAAGAAGAGCAAGAAAUUGAACAGAAGAUCCCAGACGUACCGAUCACCGAUGAGCAAAUUGCAGAAAUUCUUUCAGGUGAAGCUGAAGUCCUAAAGCAACACAACGUAAUUGGGGUCAACUUCAAGAAGAUGAUCCCCACUUCAGGAGUAUUUAAGCAAAGCGAAGUGUUCAAAACUCUCAACAGCGAACUCGUCCAGGCGGAGGAGGACAAAGACAAGAAGUGGACAACGUUCAUGCAGAAGCCGAGCCGACCGGCACCGAAGACUCGCGAGGAGCGGAUGCGGGAGCUGAAUCCACCUUCGGAACGCUAUCAGGUACGAAUCGUUAAACAGCCGAAGCCGAAGAUCGCACCCGACUACAAGCCACCCAAGUCGCCGGAACCAGUGCCAGAACCAGAACCGGAGCCAUUGUACUACGAAUAUCUGCACGAGCGAAACGAAGUUGAAGUGGAAACCAUCAAGACUCUCGAAUCGGAACCUGUCAUGGAAAAUCCAGAUAACCUAGGCGAUCCCGCACCAGAGUCGGAGGAAGACGAGACGCCCGAAGAGUUCCGCACGCAGCUGCAAAGCGUUCAGAAACAACUGGAAGCUCUAUCGAGUCUACCAAUCACGAUCCAAGCCACAAUCGCAGCUCUAACUGAGCAACUUGCAGUCUUGGCCCAACCGAAAAGGAAAUCCAAGAGCGUUACACCACGACCAGAAGCAGGAUCAACAGCGACUGUUCAAGCCGACGCCGCUGCAUCUUCGGGCGAAGUCGUCCCGGAAGUAUCGGAAACCUUUGAGGUUUCCGAGUACAGUAAAACGGAAGCCGUUGCUGCGGAGAGCGAACAGUCUGCUAGCUCCGACGAAGGCGAACACAUUAUCUAUACCGACGAACAGUUGGAAAAGCUUCAGGAAAAGAUGCGGGAACAUGACAUCGAGUGGACCGACCGGAACGAUAAGAGUUCGGAAAGUUCGUCGCAGACAGGAACGGUAGAAGAAGGGGACACCCGAACGGCGAUCCAGAAUGAGCUGAAGUUGCAAGUCGUCAAGAAGAAGAAGAAGGCUGUUAGCGCUUUCGGACCACUAACGCCCCAAGAACGACCGAUCUACCUGCCCGGAGGUCGGAAAUGGCGUAACGCGAAGGACGCUUUCAACGAGCAGUUCAUCGCCGAAGUGAUCAGCUCCCAGGCUGAAUUGAUCCAAGGAACUACGCUCGGGAACAUUUACGAAAGUCCUCAUCUGGGUUACGACGAUAGGGUCAACUUUCUCAAGUACCAAAAGCCGGAGAAAGAUCUUACAUUCAUCAAGAAUAGCGACGUGUACAAGUUGAUCCACGACCAGGACACCCCGAAGAGUGGCAUCGAGCUGCGUCCGGAGCUGGUAUUGGCCGAGGAGGACGUCCGAAAGGUAAUGCACGACGAAACCAUCUUUCAGCCCCGCAAAGAUCGGUGCUUUCUGUACCAAAAUUGAUCGAAUCACAUCUUUCAAUCUUUCAUCUUCAUCAUCCCAUUCCAUGCUCAUCGAACCGGCCCCUCCGAUCCUGACGCAACAACACGCGCUGCUCCUUCUCAACCAUCCGAUUGGACGAUUAAAACCUCGGACAGUGUGUAUCACCGUGUUGAUGAGAUCCUACCUUAGAGUUUGUGCAUAUUGUACUACCCCCAAAUCCACUUGUUUUUGCCAAAUCCCUCGAACACUUUAUUUUUACCUGGCAUGAUCAGUCGGGUGAUUUUUGAACGAAUAAGACAACAAAGACUAUUUGUAGAUUUGUAAGGAUUUUAAUUUUAGGAACCGCUUUUCCACAUCCUUUCCCUCGCACAUACACUCACAUACAUUGAACAUAUACUCACACACUUCGAUGCACAUUAAGUUUAUUUGUUUGAUUAAAAGUUAGUAGAAUUAGACAAUGGGAAAACAUUGUAUCGUAGAAAAAUGAGUCAUACAAAUUCGCGUGUAGUUUUGUUUCUUUCUCUUCUCAUCACAUUUGUCCACUCGAGGCAUUAUAAUUUACUCUAGAGUUAAGUGUUGAACCAAUGGAAAUAUAAUAGGAUUUAAUUGAACAA